AUGGAGGAGUUGCAAGCCAUUCAACACAUCCUAUCUCUUUAUGAAGGGGCAUCAGGUCAACAAAUAAAUCGGGAGAAGACAACCCUUUUCUUUAGCAAAGCAAUGCCUGAAGAAAUGAAGAGAGACAUCAUAAGCUUCCUAGGAGUUCCAGAAAUCAAGGAAUAUGAAAAAUACCUUGGAUUGCCCGCUGUGGUUGGUAGAAAUAAAAGGGCAAGUCUCACUUAUAUCAAAGAGAGGGUGUGGGCAAAGCUUCAAGUUUGGAAGGAAAAGCUUCUAUCUCAAGCGGGGAGAGAGAUUUUGCUCAAGGCGGUGGUGCAAGCUAUCCCCACAUUUGCAAUGAGUUGUUUCAAGUUGCCGGUGGGUUUGUGCAGGGAGAUUGAAAUGCAAAUCAGAAAAUUUUGGUGGGGUGAACGUGGUAGUCAAAGAAAAAUUCAUUGGAAGAGUUGGGAGGUGUUAUGCAAACCGAAUGAGGAGGGGGGUAUGGGGUUCAAAGAUUUGGUGAGAUUCAAUGAGGCUAUGCUUGCUAAACAAAUUUGGAGACUACAAACGGAUAGAAAUUCACUUCUAUUUAAGGUUUUCAGCACAAAAUACUUUCCCAUGGGGUCGGUAAUGGAGGCAAAAAGCAAGAAAGGCUCCUAUGCUUGGCAAAGUAUCCUUAAAGCAAGGCAUGUCAUUGAGAAGGGGAUGUUAUGGAGAGUUGGUGAUGGAUCACAGAUUAGGGUGUUUGAAGAUAGAUGGAUUCCGGGCUACCUUCCAACCAAAGCAGUACCACGCAUGCUAGAAUGUAAGGAUGAUUCCACGGUUAGCUCACUAAUAGACCAAACAACUAUGUAA